GGCACGAGUCGGACGGAAGAGGGAGCAGAGCUGAGCUGUGGUCUGUUGCUGUGGGGUAACACAGCGAGCUGACGGCGACAUGCGUCCGGCGAGCUGAGCUGUAGCCUGUUGCUGUGGGGUAACACAGCGAGCUGACGGCGACAUGCGUCCGGCGAGCUGAGCUGUGGCCUGUGGCUGUGGGGUAACACAGUACCUGCCCCCGGCUUCUCCUCUCCCACGGCCACGCCGACCGCGAGGACGACUCCGCGCCCGCAGACGCCUUCUUCUCUGUCUCCAACUCUAGGAGCUGCUGCAUCAGGGGUGAACGCGGCCAGUUUGCCGGGCACCAACACGGCCGUCGCCGGCAUCGACUUUCCUGGCUGCAGCAAGCAACUGGACUGGACACACAGCACUAGUGACCUCGCUUUUGAAAUUCACCAAUAGGACGAUGGCUUCCAGGCACUCAGAGAACAAUGCACAAGGAGCAGCGCUGUUGACGACUCCUCACACUAACAUAUCCAGGAUCAUCCAUUCGUUGCCCCUCGAGACCAGGUGGCCAACACUCUCGGUUCGCCAGUAUGCUAGCUUUUGGCUGGCCGAGGUAACAUUGAAGACAGGCUUUCCACUCGUCCAUUCAUGCUUCGAGCCAAGGCCCACUGACGUAUUCCUUGCAAGCUUCCCCAAGUCUGGCACCACUUGGCUCAAGGCUCUCGUCUUUGCAACGCUCAAGCGGUCCACACAUGUGCCGUUCGACGGCGACCAUCCACUGCGCCAUUGCAGCCCCCAUGACAUCGUCAGGUUCCUUGAAAUUGAAUUCAACACAAGGGAUGAGUUUGAAGCGGUCCCUUCCCCGCGCGUGCUGGCCACACACCUUCCCUACUCCUUGCUGCCUAACUGCAUCACCGGAGAGGAGAGCUCAGGGUGCCGGAUCGUGUACGUCUGCCGGGAACCCAAGGACGCGCUGGUCUCCUACUGGCUGUUCACGAAGAAGGCGGCGCUGGCGAGGGGAGUUGACGACGUCCGGUCGACGUUCACCAUCCAGGAGGCGUUGGAGCUGUUCUGCGACGGCCGGUGUCCGGGCGGCCCGCAGUGGCAGCAUGUCCUCCAGUACUGGGAGGAGAGCUUGAGGAGGCCUGACAGGGUGCUGUUCUUUCGGUACGAGGAGAUGCUGCUUGAGCCUGAGAGUCAUGUCAGGAAGCUAGCGAAGUUCAUGGGCUGCGAGUUUUCUGAGGAGGAAGAGGAGAGCGGGGUGGUGAGCGCCAUCGUGGAGCUGUGUAGCCUGGCUAAGCUGAGGGACAUGGAGGUGAACAGAAAUGGAAGCACUAGGAUGGGGAUCAAGAACGAAAGCUUCUUCAGGAUGGGAGUUGCUGGGGACUGGAGCAAUCACAUGACGCCAGAGAUGGCGCAGAGGCUGGACAAAGUCGUUGAGGAUGCAUUGCAAGGGACUGGAUUCACCUUCACGAGCACAGCAUGAGCCGCUCUUGGUUGCAAAGUGCCGAAUGUCAAAAAGAUCAGCUAGUUUUAUCAGUAUUGCUGGUUGUAGAAAUCAUGCGACCCAUAUGGUGAAUAUUCUGCUUCUGAGUGAUGGAGGAAAGUUGUGGACUUCACCUUACAUGGAAUUAAUUUAUGUACAACUCAUUUGUAGGCCUUGUUUAGUCCGAAAACUUUUUGGUUUUCGGAACUUUCGUUUUUAUUUGACAAACAUUGUCCAAUCAUAAAGUAACUAGGCUUAAAAGAUUCAUCUCGCGAUUUACAGGUAAACUGUGCAAUUAGUUUUUGUUUUCAUCUAUAUUUAGUGUUUCAUGCAUGUGCCGCAAGAUUCGAUGUGACGGGGAAUCUUGAAAAGUUUUUGGAUUUUGGGGUGAACUAAACAAGGCCGUAGUUUGUCAUGUUGUCAUAUCGAGUGUAUGUUGUUUGCCUAUUUUUUUUAAUUCAGCCUGUUUGUUUCUCUUUUCAGCUGUACUUUUUCUCACAAUAAAUCAGCCAACAGUAAUUUCAGUCAUAUCUUGUGGAUGA